AAACUCUAUUUUCAUCCACUUCCUCUCCAUUUUUAGAGACCAACAUUCUUAACAAAACAAAAACAUACUCCACAAACCACAAACCACAAACCACAAACCACAAACAAAACAUGAAAUUAAACAACAAAAACAAAACCCCAUUAUUCUUUCAUACAUUUCUCUUAAUUCUAAUUUUAACCCUUCAAUUAAACCAAUCCAUUUUAACCCAUGCUUCACCAAUCAAAACCAUUGUCAUUUUAGUAAUGGAAAACCGGUCUUUCGACCACAUGUUGGGUUGGAUGAAAAAAUUAAACCCAGAAAUCGAUGGUGUAACCGGGUCGGAAUCAAACCGGGUUUCAUUAUCAAAACCCAAUUCUCCCGUUAUUUUUUACAAUGAUACUGCUCAUUAUGUAGUUGACCCGGAUCCGGGCCAUUCUUUUCAAGCAAUAAGGGAGCAGAUUUUUGGGUCGGACCAAACCGGAAUUGAACCGGCUCCAAUGAAUGGGUUUGCCCAGCAAGCUUAUUCUAUUAAUGGGAGUAUGGAAAUGGCUAAACAUGUUAUGAAUGGAUAUAAACCGGAAAUGGUUCCGAUUUAUCAAGCGUUGGUUCAAGAAUUUGCUGUUUUCGACCGGUGGUUCGCUUCAGUUCCGACGUCUACGCAACCCAACCGGCUUUAUAUUCACUCGGCGACGUCUGCUGGAGCUACUAGUAAUAUCCCGGCUUUACUCGCCAAAGGGUACCCACAAAGGACAAUAUUUGAGAACCUACAUAGUGAAGGCAUAUCUUUUGGAAUAUAUUACCAAAACAUUCCGGCCACAUUGUUUUACCGCAACCUAAGGAAGCUCAAGUACAUCACAAAAUUCUUACCAUAUGGCCUCUUCUUCAAAAGACAUGCUAGAGAAGGUAAGCUCCCAAGGUACGUCGUGAUCGAGCAGCGAUACACCGACACAAAAUCCGACCCGGCCAAUGACGAUCACCCGUCACAUGACGUGUACCAAGGACAAUUGUUUGUUAAGGAGGUGUACGAGACUUUAAGGGCUAGUCCACAAUGGAAUCAAACCUUGUUAUUGAUCACUUAUGAUGAGCAUGGUGGAUUUUACGAUCAUGUCCCUACCCCGGUUAGUGGGGUCCCCAGCCCGGAUGGGAUUGUGGGCCCCGAUCCUUUCUUUUUUAAGUUUGAUAGAUUGGGAGUUCGGGUGCCCACUAUUGCAGUUUCACCUUGGAUCCAGAAGGGUACUGUUGUUCAUAAGGCUAAUGGACCGUAUCCCACAUCAGAGUACGAGCACUCGUCGAUUGCAGCUACAGUCAAGAAACUGUUCAACCUGUCUAGCCCUUUCUUAACUAAAAGAGAUGCUUGGGCUGGAACCUUUGAGGGUAUUCUACAAACAAGAACUGAACCUCGAACAGAUUGUCCUGUGCAACUACCAUCACCAGUACCAAUAAGACAAGAAGAGGCAGAUGAGGACAGGCUAAUGAGCGAGUUCCAGCAAGAGCUGAUGCAUCUUGCCGCGGUAUUGAAGGGUGAUAACACACUGUCGAGUUAUCCGGAGACAAUAGUCAAGGGACUGACGGUGAAGCAGGGGAAGGGGUACAUGGAUGAGGCAGUGAAACGAUUCUUUGAGGCAGGGAAACUAGCCAAGAAGAUGGGAGUCGAUGAAGAACAAAUCGUUAAAAUGAGACCUUCCCUUACUUCAAGACCAUCUAAAUCUAGCACUCAACAGAACCCUUAAAUUUAGAGUAAUGUGCCUUGUUUUUGGUGUAGUUAGGAGCAUAGCAUUGAAAAAGACUGUUUAUGCAAAGUACAGACAAGUAUAAUAAAUGGUAAUUUGAUCAAUCAUCAUUUAGCAAAGUUUAGUA